GUGCUUUUGUAAUUUAGUAAUAAUUAUUUAGAAAAAAAAAUUCUAGUGAUACUGAAAUUAUUAAUUUAUAGAUAGUUGUUUUUUUAACGCUGUUUGCAAGUCAACCUACGAGGAUAAAUUAACAGGUCGAGAUGUCAUCAUUUCUACAAGAAUUACACAGCAACUAUAAAGAAAUAAAUAUUGGCACAGAUCCUGAUGUCGACAAAUGGCUUUUUAUGCAAUCACCAGUUCCAGUAGUAACUAUUUUAAGUUUAUACUUAUAUUUUGUCCUAAAACUUGGGCCACAAUGGAUGUCGACGAGAAAACCAUUCCAGAUGAAACCACUUUUAAUUGCCUACAAUGGAUAUCAAGUUUUAUUUUCGAUAUGGCUUUGCUCUCAUAUUUUCGAAGUUGAUUUUCGGCAUCUGCUGAAACAUGGUUGCCAUCCUGCCUCCAGGAAAGGACCCUUCUUCGAUGCGUUAGCAAAAAGCGCGUGGUGGUACUUUUUCUCAAAACUUGUCGAAUUGCUGGAUACUGUAUUUUUUGUUUUGAGAAAAAAGCAAAAUCAAGUCACAUUUCUUCAUGUUUAUCAUCACACAAUUACAGCACUUUUCUCAUGGGGGUAUCUCAAAUACGUUCCAGGUGAGCAAGGAAUCGUGAUCGGUUUCUUGAACUCCUUCGUCCAUAUAGUGAUGUAUUUCUACUACAUGGUGGCAGCAAUGGGUCCUGAAUACCAAAAGUACCUCUGGUGGAAAAAAUACAUGACAUGGAUCCAAUUGACCCAAUUCUGCAUGAUGUUGGCAUACUUGGUCUUCAUCGUCGCCAUGGACUGCAACCUGCCUCGUUCCCUGACCUUCUUCUUUGUGGGUAACGUGAUCAUUUUCUUGUAUCUGUUCAGCGACUUCUACAGAAAGACCUACAAGAAAAAUGAGGAUGCCUCGGCAAAGAAAUUAGCCCACUCGAACGGCACCAAAGCAGUCAAGUGCGAAUGAUUUAAGGACCAAAAUCGAGAUAAUUGAUUUGUUAUUGCCAAAUAUUAAUAGAAUCGAUCACAAAUAAGUUAUCACAGAGGAUAUUUAUGUAAAUUAGACAUUUUUAUACUGAACGUUAUUUAAAUUACCAUUUAAACGGGAAGAGUUUGAUGUAAAUUCGGGGCCAAUUCUCCCAUAAAAUAGACCGUAACAUAGAGUUGUUAUGACAACGCCUAAUCACACAGCAAAUACGUAGCAAUUUGACAGGUUUUACUACCAAUUUAUAUGGAGAAAAGACUGUUAUGGUCUAUUUUAUCUGUGAAUUGGCCCCUAUAUGUGCCUGCCUUAUAGGCACGCCUUCACCAAAUGUUUUCUGCGCAUUAAAAAUACGAAUCGAAUGUUUUGAAUCAUCCUAGUCGAUUCAGUGCAGCCAUUCAUAUAUAAUAUAUUUUUAAGGUGUGCCAUACAAACCAGAGAUUCUUAAAAUGCAAAGAUUUAAAACAAAUUUUGGAUAAAAAAUUUAAUUUUCAGAAUAUACUUUUGUUGAAACAACGAGAAUACAUUGGACUCUUCCCUACUGUUAAUCUUCAAAUUUUAUACACAAACUUUAACU